GCGCAGGUCAAAACUGAGCCCGCUCACAAAGCCCUCAACCCUCGCCGCCGCCGGCCGCUCCACCCCGCCGUCGCCAUGGGCAAGUUCCGCAAGCUCGGCCGCCACGCUGCUCACCGCGUCUCCAUGCUCAGGACUAUGGUGUCGCAGUUGGUGAAGCACGAGCGCAUCGAAACCACCGUCGCCAAGGCGAAGGAGGUGCGACGAAAGGCGGAUCAGAUGGUGCAGCUGGGGAAGGAGGGUACACUGGAUGCAGCCAGACGUGCAUCCGCAUUUGUUCGGGGUGAUGAUGUUGUUCAUAAGCUAUUCACAGAGCUGGCUUACCGCUACAGAGAUCGAGCUGGUGGAUACACAAGACUGUUACGUACCAGGAUACGUGUUGGUGACGCUGCACCAAUGGCAUACAUCGAGUUUGUCGACAGGGAGAAUGAACUUCGAGAGGCCAAACCUGCAACGCCACAGCCGCCUCAACGAGCUCCUCUUGAUCCAUGGGCCAAGUCUCGUGCUAGCCAACAGUGGGCGGGGCCUAAAGUCAGCAAGAGCGCUGAAUCGGAAGGGUUAUGAGAACAAUAUCUGUGGUGUGUUCACUUCCUUGAAAGUGUAUUCAUUUCCUGUAGCUUUGGCCGACAUGCUGGAUGAUUUUUCUGAGAGAUAACUGUGAAUAGAAUAAAAAUCAAACUUAUAUGGCUACAGUAUAUCCUCAUGAGAUGUAUGCUUACAAUUCGUCAGUUAAGAUUGCGAGGCUCUCCACGCAGGAUUUUUGGCC